ACAGGAAUGACCACGCACGAAGACUACAUGGACGCUUCCGUGGUUGAUCAGACACCUACGAACAAUUUUGCCGUCAAAAUUCAGCAUAAAUUGGAAUGGCAUGUGGAAUCUUUCAAGGUUCAGAUUCGUCGCAGCCGUGCUCCCGGCAAAGGAACAGCUUCAACAACAACCCAAACAACCAAAACUAUAUUGCAAAAAGUAGCGGGUUGCGCGGUCAGUGGGGAGCUUACAGCAAUCCUAGGGCCCUCAGGUGCAGGUAAAACAACGCUGCUAGAAUGCAUCUCGCUGCGGAACAGGAAUUUCGAUGGUUGUGUGCAGUAUGACGGGCAGGCCCCCGAGGGGAGGUUCUUCACACUCUCAGCCUUUGUCCACCAGGCAGACAUGCUGUAUGGCUUUCUAACACCCCGAGAGCAUUUGACUUUCCACGCGAUCGCUCGGAUGAGCGGUGGUAGUCGGACAGCUGCGCGGGGACUGCCCGAGCCGGGUGCCUCCCAGACAUCCCGUGGACAAAGCUGGCAGGCAGAGAAAAUGUCUUCAGAAAGCAUGGCGAGACGGGUCGAAGAAGUGAUUGCGACCGUAAAACUGGAGAAAUGUGCCGACACCUUGAUCGGGGGUUCGGACCCCGUGUUUAACGUCAAGGGUAUUUCGGGGGGAGAACGCAAACGGCUGACGAUCGCAACCGAGCUUUUGCAGACGAACGAGAUAAUCUUCCUGGACGAGCCGUCCUCGGGCCUCGAUUCAGUCAUGUCGGAAUCGAUUUUUCAAACCCUCAAGGACUUGACGACCCAAGGCCGGAUCGUCAUCGCCACCGUCCAUUGCCCCUCCUCCAAGACCUACCACCUCUUCUCGAACCUGAUCCUCCUCACCUGCGACGGCCGCCUGGCGUACUCCGGCCCUGCCGCACAGGCCCUGUCGUAUUUCCAGGCCGCGUUGGGAAUUGAAUGUCCGCAGCAUUACAACCCGGCGGAUUUUGUCCUGGAGCUGGUGUCGGCGGAACCGGGGGUGCCCCUCCAAGAAGAACUCCGGCGCAUGGACGCCCUCUCUCUUGCGUACGCGCAGUCGUUCAUGAAAAUUCAGAACCCGCUGCCUGCCGAUGACAAGCACAAGGCCUUGCACGACGUGCGUGGACAAGGUGCGAGCGAUUGGGUUUUCUUCAAGCUGAACUUAUGGCGGGGCGGCUUGCAGCUGGCCCGGGACCGGAUAACGUUGAUCCUUUGGGCCGCCGUGAGUGCCUUGAUAGGUGCGCUGUUUGGGGUCCUGUACUGGCAACUGGCGGCGAGCAAUUGGCGCAACCUGAUGGGCCUGAUCUUUUCGGCCGUGGUGGGGAACGUGUUCACGGGCUGCCUGGGAGUGGUGAUGCGUUUUCCCAUGGAGUGGACCCUGGUAGUCCGAGAGUUUUCCAGCGGCGCGAACGCCGUGGGCCCCUACAUGAUCGCCCGCUUCUUCACCACCUUGCCCCUGUCCUACGGCCCAGUCCUGAUGUCUUCAAUCAUCUAUUGGUGCACCGGCAUGGAUCCCGACGCCGGAACCUACCUGAUCUUCGUCUUGAUCUUCGUCUCCUUCAACUGGUCCUGUUUCUCGCUCGGGCAGUGGAUCUCCUCCUUCUCCGCCAAUCCGCUGGUGGCGAUGACGAUCAUGCCAGGCUUUGUAACCCCCAUGAUCAUGUUCUCCGGCCUCCUGAUCGAGCGCAGCAGUGUGCCCGUCUGGCUGGCCUGGAUCGAAGACGUCUCCGUCGUCAACUAUGCCUUCGAUACCUUGAUGGCCCAACAGAUGCACAUUUUGCCGGGGAACCAGGGAGAAGUGGUGCAACAGUUCAUCCAAUUUAACCCCCGGAAAAUGGGCUGGAAUGUUGGAAUGUUGUGGAUCCUAACUGCAGCCUUCCAAGUGCUCACGUAUGUGAAUCUCAGAGUGCGUCUGAGGGCAUCCCGGUCCGUCAAGUAGGGUGGGGAUAGCAGGUGGAAAAGAAACCGAUCCACCGAGUGGAGGAGCUGAGUGGCGGAGGACAUGCCGGACGAUGCAGGGGGUUUGUCGGUGCAGACAUGGGAGUGCAGGCGAAGAGGGUGGGAAGAGGAAAAGCAGGGACGGGGAACGCAGGCAAUGGCUACCGCCAAUGCGGUUAUCCAUGAGCGUAGGAUGAGGAAUAACGACACGCGAAGAACAAGUUCGAGGACGUUUAUACGGGCAUCGUUAAGAUGGUAAGCGCGUCAGGGACGACUGCGGGUUUGUGAAUAAAUCGAUAGCGGAUCAAGGGUGGUGAUGGUAUCUCCAGGAUGCAGAACCACUGAGGAUGCCUCCAAUUCGUAGAGGUGUGGCGAGGAUCAUCGCAUGAGUACCAUACAUGGAAAAGGACCACUCCGAUUGUGGGAAGACCCUUCAUAACGAGAAGUGUCGGGAGGAUGAUAACGAGUAUCAUGAGGACGAGCAAUGUGCCAAGGACGAUCGUGAGAUUUUCUCAUCGUUGUAUGACGAUAGAUCAUCGAGGAGUGAUAAGAUGGAGUUGGUUGACCUUAAUCGGAGCUGUCUUACAUUUAAAUGUUUCUGGUAGAGUUUGGAAGAAAAGCACGCAUAAGAGAGGACGAAGUGGAAGAACACAGUGAGAUACGUGCCACAGAAGGUGAAUUUUUGACAGGAGUAAAGAAAGGCGUGAAAUGAACUCGUGGCCAUUUUCUAAUUCACAUGCUCCUGUCGUAACCGGUGAGAAAAGACACUGUGGAGAAAGAAAGCGAUAGGAACGAUGAUGCACAACAUACAUUCGUACAAACAAAACGUGGCUUCAAAGAAAGAGAUGAAUCGAUCUCAGA